GCGAAUGCCGCAACAGCUGUUAGUUUCGGGCGAACAUUCAACGAAGGCGCGUCGCACGGGAGUUAUUUUUUGAUAUUGCAUGGAAAUGCCGCUGAAUUACUUUAGACCGCACAACGAACGUAAGAGUUUUUGAAAGACGGCCACAGCCAAUUGGAAUAUACAUAGAGCAUCGAAGAAAAAUCAAUAGGAGCAUCUGCUAGGACACGAUGGUCUUCGAGGCGGUGGUGACGGAUGUCCUGAACAAGGUCCUCGGCGACUACAUCGAGAACUUGGACCGCAACCAGCUGAAAAUAGGCAUUUGGGGAGGCGAUGUGGUCUUGCAGAACCUCAAAAUACGGGCGAAUGCCCUGGACGAGUUGGACCUGCCCGUGCAGCUUAUCUACGGAUACCUUGGCAAACUAGUGCUCAAGAUCCCCUGGAAGAAUCUGUACAGCCAGCCGGUUGUAGUCAACAUCGAGGAUUUGUAUGUCCUCGUAUCGCCCAACAACAAUGUCAGGUACAACGCGGAGAAGGAGGCCAAAUAUGAGAUGGAUCUCAAGAAGGCAGCUCUGGAUGCCCUGGAGGCAGCCCGCAAAAAAGAGUUAGAAAAGGAUCAGCCCAAGCCCGAUGCUGGGUUUGCUGAAAAACUAACGGCGCAGAUCGUGAACAACCUGCAAGUGAAGAUAACCAAUGUUCACCUGCGAUACGAGGACACCACCACCACAGGUAGUCCCUUCUCCUUCGGCAUAUCCCUGCACGAGCUGGAGCUCUACACCACCGAUAGCGACUGGGAGAAAACCUACAUGGCCCAGCAAGCCUCCCAGGUCUUCAAAAUAGCGAAUCUCUCCUGCCUUUCCGCCUAUUUGAACUGUGGUGGACAGCUGUACGCAAACUACAUGAACACACUGGCAGAACAGUUCCAGACAAAUAUUGCCACCAAGGAGUUGAAACCCAACUACAACUAUGUGCUGGGUCCCAUCUCUUGCAAUGCCAAGUUGAAGCUAAAUAUGAACCCAGAGUUCGAUGAUCCGCCCUUUGAAAGGGCGAAGAUUGAUCUCACCCUGGAGAUGGAAAAGCUAAACGUGGGCAUAACUAACACGCAGUUCGACAAUCUCAUGAAGUUGGGAGAUGCUAUGAAUCGCCAGCAGUUGGGCAUUCCCUACCGGAAAUAUCGCCCAUACGACAUACCCUACAAGGGUCAUGCCAAAGAAUGGUGGCACUUCGCAAUAACAUCUGUUCUAGAGGAGGAAGUAAGGAAACCUCGAGAGAGCUGGACUUGGAGACACAUAAGGAUGCAUCGCGAACGCUGCAACACCUAUGCCCAGAAAUACAAGGAGCAGUGCCUGAACAAAAAACCGUCCGCCGUGCUGACAGAAACCUGCCGUCUGCUGGAAACGGAGCUAGACGUAUUUAACUUGCUGCUUAUACGGCAGAGGGUGAACAUAGAGAUAGCCAAGGAGCGGGAGGCAGUGCCCGAGCCAAAGCAGGGCUGGUUCAGCGGUUGGGGAUGGGGUGGCGGAGCCAAGAAGGAAGAUCAGACCGCCGGUCAAAAAUUAGUCGAGAAGUUCGAGGCGGCAAUGACGGGCGAAGAGAAGGAAAAGAUGUACCGGGCAAUUGGUUACCAAGAGAACGCCAAGCCCACGGAUCUUCCCGAAAACUACCAGGCCAUCAAGAUGAACUUUAAACUGAUCGCUCUGGAGGUUGGCCUGUACAAGGAUGAGCGAGUUAGUUCCGUGGAGUCGUACGACUAUCAUGACCUGCCUUCUCUGCUGCUUUUGAAUUUCUCGAUGGCCACUGCGUCAAUCACUCAACGGCCAGCUGCCGAGGCCAUAAGCAUCACUGCUGGCAUGAAGGAGCUCAAGGUUACGGGACUUAAACGCAAAGAUUACACACCAUUGCUGGUGGAGUCGAAGAUCACCGAUGAGUUCAACCUGCUGGACGUGUUCUUCGAGACGAAUCCCUUAGACAAGUUGUGCGACCAGCGGGUGAAGGUUGUGGCGCGUCCGCUGCAAAUUGUGUAUGAUGCUCCUACCAUCCUGGCCCUGAUUAGGGCCUUCCAGCCGCCUGGUGAUGUCACACUCUCCAAGUUUGAGGAUGCGGCCAGUUCGCGAAUCUCCAAUUUCAAGGAGCGCUCUGCCACCGGAAUGCAGUACAUGAUCGACAAGAAGGCGGUGUUGGAUGCGGAUAUACUGUUUAUGCCAAACAUCCUGGUCGUGCCCCAUAAAGGAGUCUAUGAGGCGGACAAUACAUCACUGCUAGUUCUUAGCAUGGGCGAGGUGCGCCUCUCCAGCCAGCCGCGCAAGGAGUCUAAAAAGCUUCACAAUCUCUUCUCUGCCGGCGAGGAUAAGGACGAGAUCCUGAAGACAGUGAUGGACAAUGCCUACGAUAGAUUCACGGUCGAGUUGAACGACGUGCAAAUGCUCGUGGUGCGAGCUGGAGAGCCGUGGCAGACUGCGCUGAGUGAAGCCAGCUCAACGGAGAUGCACGUCUUGCGACCCGUCUCCCUGAAAGUAACUGCCGCCCUGUGUGUGAUAGACAAUGACCCGCGGCUGCCCAAAGUCAAGAUAGACAUCGACCUACCGGCGAUCCUGGUCAAUGUCUCGGAGGAUCGCGUCUUUCUUGCCAUCAGAGUGGCCCUAAGCAUUCCGCUGCCAGAGCAACAGCAACCGAGUGGAAAGCUCACACAGACGAAUUCGCGCAGCUCAAUGUCCAUAUCCAACUUCAUAAACAAAGAAGUGAAAAAGAUUGGACCAUCGGCAUCGUCAGCACCCAGCGCCAAAGCUUCAUUGGUGGACGAGGUUACCCAGUACACAAAUCUGGAGAUUAACUUCUCUCUGGGAGAGAUAUACUUCGUCUUGUUCCAGUCCAGUAGGAGAAGCGAGACGAGCUCCGACGUAUCCAUAGAGUUUCUCACCCCUGAAGGUGAUCCCGCCCCUCCCCAGCUGACGAUGAAUUUGCCAGUCGAAGAGCCUGUGGAACGACCACCACGCACGCCUCCUCGGCAGAUUAUCUCCAUCGACAUUCGCCGCCUGGAGGCCCACUUCGUAGCCAGAACUUACGAGUCUCUGGCCACAGUCAAGCUUGGGGAUAUUAACCUGCGACAAUAUGGUUGCCAGGACGGCGACUUGGAAGUAUUGGACGUAAUCCACACGCCGAAAAAGGAAAAUAGCUCCAACUAUCUGUUCACCGUCUCGUGCACCAUUGCAGACAAGACGUCGCCGGAGUUCAGCACCAAGUACAACUCAACCGAGCAGCUGGUCGUGGCAAACUUCGAGGUGCUUCAGAUUGUGCUGCACCAGGAGUGCCUGCAGCGGAUCCUGGAGGUCGUAAACAAUUUCCAGAGAAAUCUGGACCAUGUACUAGCAAGCACACGGCCACGUGACCGUAUGGGCUCUAUUGGCGGUGGCGAUGGCCUCAAGAGGAAGCUUAAUGUCAUCCUUGAGGACACGGAGGAGAUAAUGACCACCAACCAAAUGAAGCGCCGCAAGAAUACGAAGCGCAGUCGCGUCGUUGAGACUGUGAAGGUUCGUGUGAUCGCAAAUCUGGACGAAGUGGGCCUGUUGCUCACCAGCCAAAACCGACCGUUGGCCGAGAUGAACGUGAAGAAAUUCGUAUCCAGCCUGAUCAUUAAGUCGUCCUACACGGAGGUUAAUAUAGGCCUGAAGGAUAUUCAGGUGUUGGACCUGAAUCCUUACACCAUUCACAAGAAUAUUCUGAGUAUUGUUGGCAAGGACGCCUUUAACUGCCAGAUUGUGCUCUACAACAAAGAGGAGACCCUCGACUACAACUCCGAUGACAUGAAGAUAACAGUGGACAUUGGCUGUAUGAAGAUUAUCUUCCUCAAUUGGUUUGUGGCGGGAGUGAUGAACUUCCUGAACAACUUUACCGAGGCCCAGGCAACCAUAUCACAGGCCAGUGCUGCGGCUGCGGAGACCGCUCGCCAGAAGGCGAUGGAUGCCUACGAAACAGCCACGCGCAUGAAACUGAAUGUUCGCAUCAAAGCGCCCAUUAUCAUCGUGCCCAUUGGCUCCGAGGACACCAACGCCCUGUCCCUCGACUUGGGUCUGUUGGAGCUGACGAACAACACUGUGGAGGUGGCGGUGCCCAACGAGGAACGACUGGCUGUCAUAGACGAGAUAAAGUUGCACAUCUGUGAUGUGAAGAUAUCAAAAGUUGUCUUAUUGGAUGGCAACGAAUCGACGGUUGAUGAAAUGGAUGCUGCCGUGGGUUAUUUAUCUAAAUUUAAUAUGAUGAAUCCCAUGAGUUGCACCUUAUUGGUGACCCGUAAUUUGUCGUACACCUGGUACAGGGAUGUGCCCGAACUAAAUCUUUCAGGUCGUUUGAAGUCCAUUGAGCUCACACUCUUCGCGGAUGACUAUGCUUUGGUUAUGAUGAUUCUCAAUCACAAUUUAAACGAGGGCUUGGAUGAGUUCCCUCCAAGCGAAGAGGCACCUGUGGAACAAAAGUACCGACCCGAACGACGUAACUCCUACGGGGAACGCACUCCUCGGACCAUCGAAGCUACUCCAAAAAGAGAGAAGAUUCACGAAUCGAUAAAGUUUAACUUCCAGUUUGAUGGUGUGGUCAUAAAUUUAAUGGAGGCUGAAGACGCAGGACUCGCCAGGUUUGGAAUAUACUUCCUAUCCAUCAAGGGCACAAAGCUGGACAACAACACCCUGAGCACUUCAGUGGUCCUGUGCAAUAUCCAGAUGGACGACAUGCGCCAGAAUACUAACAGCCAGAUCCGGCAGUACUUAAGCCGCAAGGAUUGGGUUCAGCCCAAAAUGGAUACCGACGAGAUCAUCGAUGCCUGCUACAACGAACGCAACUUUAUGGUCGAUGUGACAGCAAUUAUAAAGGAGGACGACACAUUUGCUGAGAUCCGUGUGCGUGGCUUCGACUUGAUCGUCUGCAUCGACUUCCUUCUUAGACUGACUGAAUUCCUUACCCUGCCGCCUGAGGAGUCUCCGCGCGAUACUGUUGUUGCGAGGCCAGACACGAUUGCGGAAACAGCACGGGUGGCCAAGCACUCCCUUCGCACCUCCGCCAAAAUAGCCGCAACCGAACUUGUUCCCGUGGAGACACCUAAACUCGCUGCCCAAAACAAGAAAAUGAACCUGAUUCUGCACAUCGACGAACCAGAUAUAAUAUUGGUUGAAAACCUAGAGGAUCUAAACACCAGUUGCAUUAUUUUCAAUGCUCAAGUUAAUCUGAAUUACCGCAGCAUAAACGACAAGCAGAUCGUAAAUGGGCAGAUCGAUGCCCUCAAGAUGUACAUGAGCGCUUUUCUGCCGGAAAGGCGAGAGAUGACGCGCCAUUACAUUCUGCAUCCGUGCGUUAUAAGCCUGCAGGGAUCCACGCCCGAGGAAGAGGGCAUGCACAUAAGCCUAAAGCUGAGCGACAUCAUCAUCAACGUGUCGCCGGCCACCAUUGAGCUGCUCAACAAAGCGAUGCUGAGCGUCACUAGUGGCAGCAUGGCCAAGACUGCCAUUGCCGAGGAGUCGCGCAACUAUUCGAAUCUGUGGAAUCAGCGCCACUUCCAUAGCCGCACCUUCUGGUUCACCAAGGUGGAGCAGGGCGUCGAUGCCCUGGAAGAUCAGCAGCGCGUCAGCACAGAAUCGCAGUUGCAAAAGACGGAGAAGUGUGUGAUCGAGAUCCCCAGCAUUACGCUCGUGAUCGAGUCCGGCGUGGGCUACUACACGAAGCCACUCAUCUCGCUGGACACCCGCAUCACAGCCGUGUUCAACAACUGGAGCCGCAAUCUCACCGCUCAUGGCUCUCUGACUCUAAACAUGAACUACUAUAACCAAGCACUUGCUGAAUGGGAGCCCAUUAUUGAGCUCAACGAGGUGAUUGGUCGCAACGGAGUUCACGAAUACACGCCAUGGGAGCUCAAGUUCGAAAUGGGCAUGGAGAAGGUGCAGAACGAGGUGGAUGAAGAUGACGAGCAGCAGGCCAUGCACAUGAACAUCCACUCGGAGGAGACGCUUGAGAUCACUUUGAGCAAGACGUGCCUGGGUCUGCUGGGCGAACUGGCCGAAGCGUUCUCGCAGGCCAUCGACCAGAAGGGUCUGACCAAGCCGGAAAUUGUGGCUCCCUACGUGCUGGAGAACGAUACUGGCUUCGAUGUUAAUCUGGAUCUGCGGAAGGGCAUCUUUACGCUGCACGAGGUGCACCGUGGUGGUAACCUGCCGGGUGUAAGCAGCACCUUGCUUAUGUCUACCCAUACCCAGGAGAUCGAUCCCAGCGUAAUAAAAACAGCCACGAUUUCGUCGGGCGGAAGAGCAUACCUUCAGACUAAAGACUUAAGCACAUUAUCCGAGGAGGAUGCCGAGGACUACACUCUCUAUGUCACGAUUGGCGAUAUCAACAAGGAGAUUGGACUGCCCGUGUCCAAGUCGGACACCCGUUUCUUCAAUCUAAUGCGCAGCACUUCUCAGGAGCCGUGGGGCAUUAUUUCCGAAGUAACUCAGGACUAUGGCACCACGAAAGUCAAUAUCCACGGAGUGGUUUUGAUUCAUAAUCACUUUACGACAAGUGUAAAUAUUUAUCGACGCAAUCUUGCGCCCACUGCUGAAAGUUUUGAGGAUAUUUUCAUCGGGCGUGUUGGUCCCCAUUCGGUGUUCCACGUGCCGCUGCACGCCAUCUACGCGGACUCCAAGGAGCUCUACUUCUCGAUGCGCGGCUACAGAACAUCAGUGCAGGGUAUUUCGUGGGCUGCCAAUCCCUCGGACAUGAAUUACUCUCAUCAGUUGCACUGCGAUCCAACCAAGACCUUUGAGUCGCUCAUUAUCAACGCUCGACGAAAGAAGUCAGAGGUCUAUUAUGAGAACACCAGCAAGUAUACGCUGCUGAGCGCCUUCUACACGAUCCAUCUGCGUCCGCCACUCUAUCUGCGCAACUCCCUGCCCAUCAACAUCCAAGUAUCGGUGGCCGGCUGCUCGGUCCGAAAGGAGGAUGCCCUGGAUACCCAAUCCUCGGUGCAGGUGAUGGACAAAGGAUACAGCAAGGAAGAUUUCCUGGACUAUGGCGAGAAACCAGUGAACUCGGGCGAUGUGCUUCACCUGCCCACCGUUCGAUUGGCCGCAACGAACAAGGAAGCAAAAAGCUUCCUGGUUGUGCGGCUGGUUCAAUACCUUGAAAAGGACUGGUCCUGUGCCACCGAGGUCUGGGAUUACACUGACGAUAUUAUUACCUGGACGUUCUCAUCGUACGACUCGGAGUUAAAGGUGGACAUGGAUCUGUGUGUUAAGACCGAGAAUCGACAUGGCAGCUUGAUGCUUACACUCUUUAGCCCCUUCUGGAUGAUAAACAAGACAGGAAUGAUGCUCACUUACAAAACCGAAACGACCUCCGUAGAAGUGCUGUACCACCCUCCGGAAUAUUCCGGACCCAUAUUGUUCACGUUCCGGGAUAAGAUCUUCUUUGACAAGAAAAAGGCCUCCAUUCGCAUCGACAACGGCCAGUGGAGUGAGAAGAUCCCCCUGGACGUGGCCGGGUCGAUUGGAGAGGUGACAUGCUUUGCGAACAACCAGAAGUACCCCAUUGGUGUUCACAACCACUUGACUCAGAACUCCCUGACCAAGCAGAUCACAUUUAUCCCCUUCUACAUUGUGUGCAAUAAGUGCCGCUUCGAUAUUGAGCUGCAGGAGCAGAGUCGCCCAGCCGAUCCGUGGAUACACCUCGAGCCAAACGAGCUUCAACCCCUCUGGCCCAGGAACGACACCAAGAACAACCUGGUGGCGCGUGUGGACGGCAAAACGACUCCAGCCUUCGACUUCACGGAGGUGAUCUGCACGCUGCUGAAGCUGGAAGACAGCAAGUAUGGUGGCAUCAAUGUGGAUGUUCAGACGACGGAGGGCGGCGUCUAUAUCACUUUUACGGAUUACAAGCCAGCCGAUGCACCCGGCCUGCUGAUCAACCACACUGGCAAACAGAUUACCUACUGCGAAAAGGGAACGAAGAACGAGAAAAUUUUGAAUGCCAAGAGCAACAUAAUGUUUGCCUGGGACGACCCGACGGGUGCCAAAAUCCUCAUAUUUGGCGCCAACAAGGAGGAGACGGACCUGAAACGCGACGGAAUCGGCGAGGUGGUCAUGCAGGACGGUCAAAAGGUCAUGUGGGUAUCUUUCCUGGACGGCCUGCAACGUGUGUUGCUCUUCACCGAAAACGCAUCGAUUGCCCAUCGUACAGAGAGCACCAAUUCGCUGCAGACCAUCACCCAGAGCAUCGAUCUGAGUAUCCACGGCAUUGGUCUCUCAGUGAUAAACAAUGAGUCUGGCCUGGAUAUACUUUACCUGGGCAUCACCAGCUCCGGAAUCAUUUGGGAAUCAAAGAAGAUAACCAAGAAGCGCUUCAAGGACUUCACCAUUGCCGAGAACGAGCUCCUGGAGAUUGAGUACCAGAAAUAUCUAGUGCACAAGAGUGUCAACGAUGUGCAGACCUACAAGCUGGACAACAAGUUCCCGAUCGACUUUGACCAUAUGAUCCUAAAGAAGACGGUGGAACGCAACUUAAGACGCAGCUUUUAUCCAGCUAUUUGGGUAUCCCGCAAGUCGUCGCCAUUCCAGAACCAGCUGCAUGUGAAAAUCAACCGUAUACAGGUGGACAACCAGUUCAUAGAUCCAAUAUUCCCAGUUGUGUUGGCGCCAAUUCCGCCGCCCAAGAGCGUGGCGAAUACCACCUCCCUCAAGCCGUUCAUCGAGUGCAGCAUGGUGCAGCGCAUCAUGCCCAACUCAACGGUGCGCCAGUUCAAGUACGCCAAGAUCCUGAUCCAAGAGUUCCUCUUCAAAGUCGAUUUGAAUUUCCUCACUGCCAUCGCCGAGAUGUUUGCCAAGGAAGUGACCGACGAGAUAGCUGCUAAGCAGUUCCGACAGGACGUUGAGUCCAUUGAGAUGCCGCUAUCCGCCUUCUUCGAGGAGCACUCGAUGGAGGAGCAGAAGAGCUUCUACGACAACCUGCACUUGGGUCCGCUUAAGAUCCAUGUUAGCUUCUCGAUGGCCGGCUCGGACACGAAGGCGUUGCCCGGCUUCUUGGGCUCGUUGGUUCAGGGCGUGGGAGUGACCCUAACGGACGUCAACGAUGUGGUCUUCCGACUGGCCUUCUUUGAGCGCGAGUACCAGUUCUUCACACAGAAACAGUUGAUCAACGAGAUCACCUCGCACUACACUGGCCAAGCGCUGAAGCAGCUGUAUGUCCUUGUCCUCGGCUUGGAUGUCCUGGGCAAUCCCUAUGGCCUGGUGGUUGGACUCAAAAAGGGUGUCGAGGACUUGUUCUACGAACCGUUCCAGGGCGCCAUUCAAGGACCCGGUGAAUUUGCCGAAGGAGUGGUACUGGGCGUAAAGUCGCUAUUUGGACACACGGUGGGCGGUGCCGCGGGAGCCGUGUCAAAAAUUACCGGUGCAAUGGGUAAGGGCUUGGCUGCGCUGACCUUUGACGAAGACUACCAAAAGAAGAGACGCCAGGGAAUUCAAAAUAAACCCAAGAACUUCCACGAAGGAUUGGCCCGCAGCAGCAAGGGUCUGGUUAUGGGCUUUGUGGACGGUGUCACUGGCGUUGUAACCAAACCUGUGACUGGGGCUCGCGACAACGGAGUCGAGGGCUUCUUCAAGGGCCUGGGCAAGGGUGCCAUCGGCCUGGUAGCUCGCCCCACCGCUGGCGUGGUUGACUUCGCCAGUGGCAGCUUCGAGGCUGUGAAGCGGGCGGCGGAUGCGAGCGAGGAUGUGAAGCGCAUGCGGCCGCCUCGUUUCCAGCACUAUGACUUCGUUCUGAGACCCUAUUGCUUAAUGGAGGCGACGGGCAAUAAGAUAACGAAGGAGACCGACAAGGGUAAAUUUGCCACCACGGACAACUUUAUUCAUUGCGAGGAGAUCAUCCAGAAGUCCGAGUACCUGGUGGUGACCAACUACCGCCUUAUGUACGUGCAACGUAACGAGAUGUUCGGCGUCUGGACGUCUCUCUGGUCUUACCUGUGGAGCGAAAUCAGCUCCGUCGCUGCCACGAAUCGCGGUGUCCAGAUCACCGUCAAGUCGGACGGCAAGAAGGUACUGGGUCUGUUCAGCAGCAAGGAGACACCCCGAAAGCUGGUGCUAGUGGGAGACGAUCGCAAGCGUGUUGCCCUGCUGGACAUCAUUGAAUCUCAGCGCGCGGACCCCAAUCCCUUGAGGACCACCGUCGCCUAUCCGGCGAGCAACCAGCACUAGACCUGAAUUUAUUUCCCAACUGUAUUAUAAUCCAAGCACAUCCCCACGGCAUCGGCAGCGACAUUGAAAUCUACCUCGAUCCCCUAGAUUCUGUCUGUCCAAGCACCAUGCACCCCAUUCGGAAAACUCACACUCACGUGUCGUACUUUUACGUAUGUUAACAACAACCAUUAUGUUUUGAUAUUAAAAUUUUAUGUCAAAGUUUA